AUGUCCUGUCCUAGUCCUCCAAGGUCCAUCGUGCUCCCUACUCGGUUCCGAGGCCUGGGAACUCGCUUAGCAUACUUACACGUCAGCAUGUUCAUUUUCUGGGACUCACUCCCGCUCGACUACCAUCAGAAACACGCAGCUAUCAUUCCUCGCCCUCAACUGGAGCCCACCGCGAGGGGAUCAUCUGAGAAAACUAGCAGGUCGCUCAGGCCUACUAAGGGACGCAAAGAAAGAGAAGAAGCCAUCGAAGAAUUCAAUAUCGCAUUUUCAGACCCGCGAGUCGCAGAAGCAGAAGAGAUUUUUGUUCCAGUUCCGCGAACCCGUGCAAGACACGUCUCAGAACCCAUACGCCCAGACCUCUCACUCUUCGCACCAAACCCGCGCACUCCCACUUCGCCUGUCACGCCUUCACCCAAGGAUUCCGCGAAAGGCGAAUCGUCCGACGAGUUUGAAGCGCAAGAUAACCCAAGGAACCUACCCCCUGGUGCUUUCAUUAGCACGCCCAAGCGCAUAACCCCCUCAAGCGCUAGUACCCUCUCCUCAUUAACCGCGCUAUCCGCUUUUAGUGAGAUCUCUCAUAGACCGUCAGAUGCGCUGUCCAGCGCAAUCCCUACGAAAGAAGCACAGCCAAUCAAGCAGGAAGACAUCGACGCUCCCCCUGCGCACAAACUGGUCAAAUCAAGGAAAGCAAUGAUCGCCCAAACCGGUCAAGCUCUGCCACUGCAGCCGCAAGCGCCUGUUUUAUUCAUUCCUUCAUCUCAACCCGUUUUACCCACCCAUCCACCACUAGCAAACAUGGCAGCAGUACCCUUCAGAAUGCCCGGCCGCGGCACCGAUAAAGCGCCCAAGUUCGAUGGCAGAGACGAAAGCCUAUUGAUCUUCAUAGACGAUUAUGAAGAUUUAGCCGAUCAGGCAGGUUUGGCGGGCGCAGAUCGCAUCAAAGGCCUCAUAAAAUAUAGCCGCGCGCCAAUGACGAGCAUAGAAGCGGAAGGAGAGUAUUACCGGGAGUUCACUAAGGUCGCGCAGCCGCUCGUAGCGAAAGAUCGCGUUGGCAAGGCAGAGAUGAAUCGGCUCUUCUUAGAAGGGUUCCCCAAGGAUGUACAACAACAGAUCCACACCCGCAUGAUGAUCAAGUUUCCAGACCACCACCCAGACGAUCCUUACCCUAUCAAGGACGUGCGCUUGGCAGCGCGCUUCUUGCUCCCAGGUAUCGCGUCAGUGGCCGCGCUACCAGCGGGCACGCAAACUUCGUCGCCCUCACCUCGGACUGGAAAUGUGCAGGCGCCGGCAUACCAAAAACCUACGGCUGGAGCGGUCGUCAAACAAGAAUAUCAGGCCACCCGUAGCGGCAGCUACGCGGCUCAAGGAUGCAUGUUUUGCGGGAGCGGCGAACACUUCCUUAGCCGCUGUCGCGAAAAGACGGCGUAUAUCGAUGCGGGGAAGUGUAAGGUAAGCGAGGAGAGCAAUAAAUUAGUAUUGCCAAACGGUAGAUGGAUUCCGGGGAAACCACAUGAAGGGACCCUGAAGGAGCGACUUGAUCGUCAUAUUGCCACUCAGCAGGCAGACCAGGCGCUUCCAAGCGCAAGCGUAACCGCUGGCAUCUUUGUCCGCGCUGAUCCUGAUGUCGACGCAGUGAUAGAGGUUGACUCGUCCGCAUUCGUGCACACUAUCACAGACGCAGAUUCGGAGGUGGACGAUGAAGAUCUCGAAGUGCAGCGCGCUACACAGGCGUUAGCGCUAGCAACCGCAAAGCGCGAUCAGAAGAAGGGCAACGGACCUUACGCCCCCAAAGGAAAAGCGGUGCGAUUUGACGGAGUGGAAGUUUCCGGUGAGCCUCGCGCACGCCCUGGGCCUGCGUCUAGGCAAGCCUCGGACGCGGUAGAGAUAGUCUCUCCUGCCGUACAAGCUUCGUCAGACAAAGGCAAGAUGCCAGAACGCGCGAAAACCGCUGCGACGCCCUCUACGUCAGUUGCCAAGCCAAAAGAGACACCCAAAGAACUUAUGCGCACUUGA